AUGAAGCCCGCCGACAAGCACUUCCGCUGCACGGUCUGUCAGCGGGGCUUCACGCGCAUUGAUCACCUCAAGCGACACCAUCUGCGCCAUUCCGGCCAGAAGCCGUAUUCGUGCAUCUUCUGCAACGAGGCCUUUGCGCGAUGCGACAACCUACGCGACCACUAUACCGAUUGCGCGCAGCGCGGGGAUCGCAAAAUCCCCGAGACUGGCCAAAGAGGCCGGAGGCGACAUGCUUGUCAAUCAUGCACCUCGAUGAAACUCCGCUGUGACGGCGCAAGUCCCUGUGGCUCAUGUGUCAAGAGAAGCCUCGACUGCAACAAUGAGCGAUUAGGCCAACCUUCCAAUCCGGACCUCGACGACAUGGCGCAGCCACCGGCACUUACAAUGACGGAUGGGUCUUCGAGUUUGGGAUCUCCAUCCGCCAAACAGGAAAUCUACGAACAGACUUCGGAUCGCGGAUCGAUCAAGUUCCUCCUAAACGGCGGUACCGACAGCUUCACGGAACAAUUCCAUCUCCCUCCGAACGGCGAACGCGCUCGCGGCAUGGUCUUCCACAACCAAAAUGAAUUUCCCCCGGCACCAGGGGGGGUGUUGCCUUACAAUGUGCAAGGGAGUCGACCACAGUAUAGCCAGCCCAUGAUGGGCGGAGACCCUGCGUCACUGCAAUUUUUCCAGGAUACAUUCCUCGACUUUUUCAAUGGGCCAUUCGGCGAUGGGAACAAAUCCGUGGGCGAUCCAUAUGCCAGUCAAAUCGGGCUUCAAACUCCAGCGCCUAGGCAAGACCCUAGUCUUGCGCUCCAUCCAGACACGCCGAUCUUUGAGCCGGAACGACCCUUUGCAAUGGCUUUGAUUCAGUCCAUUUUGGCGAGGGCGUGGACGGUAGCACUGGAUGCCAAAGCUCAGGAGGAGAUAUCUUCGAACCUUAGCUUCCUGCUGACCACAGCACGCAUACGCAAGUUCAUAUCGCUAUACUUCAAAUAUUGGCAAACGAACUGCGCUAUGAUUCAUGUUCCGUCAUUUGACCCAGAGACGGUUUCCUUGCCCCUUCUUACUUCAGUGACUUUCAUGGGAGCCAUGUACAGCACUGACCAGCGAGAGGCAUAUAUUGCAAAGCGAGUAAUCGACUUUGCCGAGCUCUUCGUCUUCUCUAGUCGUGUGUUCUCGGCUGAGAACGAAGUCGCAAGUGUCUUCUCUGGGAAUAAGUCCUCGGACGACGAUGAGAAUGAAUGGGUCAGGUUCCAAAAUCUGCUUGCUGGUUUUAUCAUGACCAUUACCCAGUACUGGUCGGGAAGUCGCGCGUCUCGAAACCGCGCCAUGGAGAAUCGGUUCAGUGAGGUCGUUAAAGUCGCGCGACGGCUUGAGCUUGUGAAGUGCCGACAUCAACCCCAGGAGCAAAUGCAAGAACGUCUCUGGAUACAGACUGAGUGUCGCAUUCGGACCAUUGGGGUUAUAUCCCUGUUAGAUUGCGCCUUUCUUUUCUAUCAAAACUACCCCUGCCGCCUCACCCAUUCCGAAAUGGAAUGUGAGCUGCCAUGCGAAGAGUCACUUUUCAAAGCCAAGCAUCCUUUUUCACAGCCGAACUUCAGGUUCACUCGCGACAUCACCUUAUACGCGGCUUUCCAAGGUCUUUUCGAGCCAACCUCCCGAGACUCAGUGGCCCACUCCCCCGCAGUUGGCAACAUGGACCUGACUGUCCUGGAUAUGUUCAUACUUAUACAUGUUUUAUUUACCUUUAUAAAUUCCCACAUGACGCUAGUCGGGCUCCUCAAACAACAAGGAUUCCUCAUGCGGCCUUUGGAAGACACAGUCGACGGCAACGCAAGCAAGAGUGUGAUUCCUGAAGACUCGCUCCUCUCCUCAAUCCGCACGGCUCUCCACCGAUGGCGCGAACACUGGAUCGCGCUGCGCAACAAAGUUUCAAACGAUGAGUGGGCCUCUAUGGGCUUCUACAAGAAUGGAUACAAUUUCUGGCUUGUGUCGCAGCUUCUCAUCACGAAUAAAGAUGCUGUUGAUGUCAUCAUGCAAAUGGAGGUCCAUUGUGAAGAUAAGCUGGAGAAGUUAAAGGUUCUGUUAAAGGAUGAACAGGACUAG